AUGGCUACUGAGGAUGAUAACUUCGAUAUUGACAUCUAUGGAGAUGGUGGUGGCUAUAACGGUAACGACCAAGGAGACUAUAAAGAGGAGGAUGUCAAGCAGGAGGACUCGGAGCUCAUCUUAGACGCGCCCGAGAAUACCCAGAAUGGAGCCCCUGUGUCCGGGGACGGUGCCUCCGAGUCAAACCAGAAGCAGGAGCAGACGGCGAACACGCAACCCGCAAAUGGCGAACACGUAACACCGGCAGACGCCAACCAGCAGCAAACGCCAAACCAGAUCCCGCCUGCGCCACAGGGCGUGAAGCGCAAAGAGCACGAUGACCGCCAGACGGACCCUGACGCAACGCCGGCUCUGCUUAUCUCGGACUUGUUCUGGUGGACUACCGAUGACGAUAUCCGUGGAUGGAUUCGUGAAGCCGAAUGUGAGGAUGAGCUGAAGGACGUAACAUUCAGCGAGCAUAAGGUGAACGGAAAGAGUAAAGGACAAGCCUUCGUCGAGUUCACCACCCUUCAGGCCUCUACCGCCACCAAGCACAAGAUCGAGUCGUAUGCUCUUUCCGGCCAAGCCGGACGCAAACACAGUGUCAACUACACCAACCCCCAACCGAACCCCUUCCGCACGCUACCUAAGGAUGCCCCUAUGAGAAAGGAUAACCAGGCCCGGUCGAUGUCCGGUGGCUUCAAUUCGUCAAACCAGAACAUGAACUUCGGCAUGAACAACAUGGGAGGCGGAGGAGGGUUCCGCGGCGGUCGUGGCGGAUUCAACCGGGGUGGUAUGAACAACAACAUGGGCAACUUUGGUAACCGCAACUUCCAGAAUCCCAUGGGUGGAUUCCAGAACCCAAUGGGCGGCGGUUUCCCCGCAAACCCGAUGGGCGGCAUGCCGAACUACGGAUAUAACAACCGCGGCGGUAUGAUGGGAGGUAGCAUGCGAGGCGGCCCCGGAGGCAUGCGCGGUGGCCGGGGUGGUGGCGGCAUGGGCGGACCGAAUAUGAUGGGCAUGCCUGCCAUGAAUCCUAUGGGAGGCAUGGGAGGGAUGAACCCGAUGUCCGGUGGCAUGAACCCGAUGAUGGGCGGUAUGGGCGGAAAUAUGGCCAUGCAGGGUAAAGGCGGUUUCCAGGCUCCCAAUCCAGCAUUCAACCAGGGCUUCUUCACCCCCAACCAAGGAGUAAACGAUGGAUCCUGGAACCCUCAUGGCGCUAAGCGCAGUCGUCAGGAGUAA